GUUAAUUUGGAAAGAGAAGAUUAGUGAUGUGAGCAUAUAUUAAGAUUUGCAGUUGAAGGUGUGGGAGGCAAGAAGGUUAGGUGUCAAAGAAAGAACGGCAAAUAGUGUAAUUGAACCACGCGGCAUGAAUUUCAUGCAACGUGCCCUCCUCCCAUCAUUAAACAUAACCCCCACGCCGACGCCCGAGUUUCACAACCACAAGCGUACCAUGUCAUCCUCCUUCCAGCGCUUCUACGAUACGUGGUUGGAGCAGCUCCGGCAGCUUGUGCAGCAGCUCCGGCAAGCCCCCGUGCCCCCCACCACCGAGGAGCAGCGGCAGCAGCUCCGGCAGCUGGUUCAGAAGGCCAUCUCCCACUACGCGGAGUACUACCGGUCCAAGGCGGUGGGCGCCAAGAGCGACGUGCUGGGCUUCUUCUCGGCGCCCUGGACCUCCACUCUCGAGCGCUCCCUCCACUGGAUCGGCGGGUGGCGCCCCACCACCGCCUUCCACCUCGUCUACACCGAGUCCAGCAUCCUCUUUGAGUCCCACGUCAUCGACAUCCUUCGCGGUUACCACACCGGCGACCUCGGCGACCUCUCCCCCGCCCAGUUCCGCCGCGUUAGUGAGCUCCAGAUCCAGACCGUCCAACGCGAGAACGACAUCACAGAUCAACUCUGCGACUGGCAGGAUGAGGCGACUGAGAUUGUUGGGAUCAGAUACGCCGGUGUCGACGUGAAGAUGGAGAAACUGGCGGCGAUUUUGGAGAAGGCGGACGAGCUGCGGAUGAAGACUAUCAAAAGCUUGGUGGAGCUGCUGACGCUGCAGCAGGCGGCGGAGUUCUUGGUGGCCGCCGCAGACCUCCAGUUCGGGAUUCGUGCUUGGGGUAUUCAGCAAGAUCGGCAGCGCAACCAUAAUUAGUUUAAUUACAAUAAAAUAAUGCACGCAUAUCUAUAUCAAUCUACUAAAUUAGUCGUUUAAUUACAUCGUAGAAAAUUGUGGAAUUAAUAAGGCGGGCGUUCACCAAUUCAACAGUUGCUCCAUGAAACUUUUUGGCAGCUGUUGCUGGUUAUUUUCCCUGCCAAUCAGCUUCUUUGUCUUUCCGAUCUCAUUUCAAUAUAUUAUACGAAUUUUAUUAAA